AUGAGAGAUUUUCGGGAUCCAGUUUACACAAAUCGAGAUGACAUCCCAUUGAAAGAGGCUGGAACUGAGGACAGUGACGGUGAAGAAAGGCAAGUCUAUCCACCAAGCUCAAAGCUUGCUCCUAUUUUGAUCGGACUUUGCUUUCAAUCUUUUUGCAUCGCCUUGGACAACACAAUUCUCUCAACCGCCGUUCCCAAGAUCACUGAACAAUUCAACUCAUUAGGCGAUAUAUCGUGGUAUGCCAGCGCUUAUCUGUUGACCACAUGUGCCGUUACUCUACCAUUUGGCAAGGUAUACACAUAUUAUUCGACAAAGUGGACAUAUAUGGUUGCUCUGGGCUUGUUUGAAAUUGGGUCUUUGAUAUGUGCAGUCACACCAACAUCAAAAGGAUUAAUUUUUGGGCGAGCAAUUGCCGGCAUCGGGUCUGGAGGAUUGUCGCCGGGUGCUCUACUCGUACUCGCCAAUAGUGUGCCCCUUCACCGGCGUGCCCUCUAUUUCGGAAUCAUUGGUAGCACUAGUGGAAUUGCAACAAUCACAGGACCAUUGCUAGGAGGAAUCCUAACUGAUCAUGUCAGUUGGAGAUGGUGCUUUUGGAUUAAUCUACCGUUUGGCCUCCUCACGGGCCUUAUCAUCUUACUUUUCUUCGAUGAUUCCACAUCACCAAGACCCAAAAUCAGCCGUCUGGGACAGCUAAAGCGGAUGGACCCUCUUGGUGUGAUUGCAUUUAUCCCUGCAGUCGUCUCCCUUCUAUUGGGCCUGCAAUGGGGCGGCACCAGAUACAGCUGGAACAACCCUCGAAUCAUUGCACUAUUUGUUCUCUUUGGGGUAUUCAGCUCUGUGUGGUGUGUGAUCCAGGUCUGGAAGCAGGACGAUGCCACAGUGCCACCACGUUUACUCAAAAAUCGCAAUGUGCUUGGAGCAGUGAUUCACGCUACGUUCCUCGGUGGUUCAUUCUUUGUCUUUGGAUACUAUCUCCCUAUCUGGUUUCAGGCAGUCAAAGAGGAUUCUGCAUCAGAAUCUGGAAUCAACAACCUUCCGAUGGUGAUAGCUAUGAUUGUAUCUUCGUCUAUAGGAGGGCUACUCGUGAAUCUCCUUGGGUAUUAUACACCCCUCAUGUUUGCUGGAAGCUCAUUGCUUACGAUUGGCUCUGGACUAUGUACAACUUUUGAAGUGAAAAGUGGACAUCCGCAGUGGAUUGGAUAUCAAGUUAUUCUUGGAAUUGGCGCAGGACUUGGCUUUCAGCAAUGCAUCAACGCACUCCAGACUGUACUGCCAUUACAGGACAUACCUAUUGGGAUUGCCAUCGUCACAUUUGCACAGAGUCUAAGUGGCGCAAUGUUUGUUUCAAUUGCCCAAACUGUUUUUGAGAAUCGCCUUGUGGCCAGCAUAACGGCAAAUGCUCCCAAUGUUGUUCCAAAGUUAUUGAUAAAUGCUGGAGCCGCAAAUUUAUCCCACCGCGUGCCUAAAGACAUUCUGCCCUCCGUUCUACGCGCCUAUAACACUGCCGUCAUUCAGACGUUUUACGUGUCUGUUGCAGGCGCACUGCUAUCUUUUAUCGGUGCUGGACUUGUUCAAUGGAAGUCCAUGAAGCGACGACCGAAAUAUGACGGCACAGGUUGA